CAAUUUAGGAACAAAAAAAAUCGUUUGCUUGGUUUGCUAGCUAUGUGACUAUGUCAAAUAGUUUAAGUUGUAUUUUGUAUUUUUAGGAAAUUGUGAUUACAACUGUUCUAUUGUAACAUAAAAUUGUCAUGAAAUCGUUUUGUGAGAGAUGAGUGUCUUUGGGGAUUUUCAACGUGUGUGGGUGCAACGUUUUCCAGACAGUACUUUACCAGCAGCUUGGGAGGAAGAUGUCAGAGCCAAUUUGGCUAAACAUAAACAGAAAGUUGCUAUAUUGCGAGAAGAGCUUGAAAAGGAGGAAUUUUACGUGGAAUACCUUGAAACUUUACUAUCAGAUGUAGAGAAACACAAGGCAGCCUCUCAAUCCAGUAAAGUGGCGCCGCCCUCAGGUACUGACACGAGCGACGAUAAGACUUUUGAUAGCAAGCAGGGUUCCAAUACUAAUUCUUUAUCAAAAAAGAGUGAGGGCAGUGUUAGUAGUAAAAGUGAUGACUCAGUAGAGGGCUUAGAUGUAGAGGAGGAAAAGGUGCCUUUACGAAAUAGACCAAUAAACUUUGCUGAAAGAAGUUCUGUUAACCAAUGCAUCAAUGAGCUCUCUUCCAAUCUUGCUGCAGAAGCAGCUAGACGGCGUUGUAAUAGUGAGAUUGUUCAGAGAACUGAAAAAGAAGAUAAUGGUGUUGAAUCAAUAAAUUCCAUACAAGCUAAGAACCGUCCAGCAUCACAAGGUGGUGAUUUUGUAACAGUGAUUGAGGUGAAUGGCCUAAAAGCAGCUGAGAAUGCUGCCAAGAAACAAGAUGAUUCACCUCAGACCUCUGAAAGUAGUUCAACUGAUCCAGCUGUUGCUUCUAAGAAAAAAGUACCACCAAAACCCCCACCAAAAGUGUUCAGCCGACGAGGUGCAUCUUUACCAGAGAGUAGCUUACCAGAAGACAGCCCUCCUUCUAGCUUGGGCAGGAGGAUAAGGAAUUCUGAUUCCAGGGAAUCAAUUGCUAGUCGUGGGUCCACACCAUCUAUAAGUGAAAGAGUUAAAAGCUAUGAGUCAAUAAAUUCACUGUCAUCUGAGAGGAAACGUUCUGGUGGAGCAGCUACACCUCGAUCUAUUGAUGAAGAAGUAACUUCAACUACUCCAGACUUUCCUGAAGGCAGUGAUGAUAAAUCUCCACCAAUUUCUCUUGAGAGUAUACCUGCAGUUGUUCGAAGUGCUGAAGAUGAACCCUAUUAUGAUCAAGUGCCAGUGGACAUAAAUGAUGGAGAAUAUGUUUAUAUACAAGCAGGGGGUGCUGGAUCGAGUACAGAAGAUGGCUCGAGUGGCACAAGCACACUCGCGAUGGUACCUAGUGCCCCUACGGCCCCUUUAGCGCCAACAGCCCCUGUUGCACCUGAUUCACCUUUGUGCGCGACGGCUCCAAACUAUGUCAACAUACACUAUUUCAUACAGCAUGGCGUGGAAGGUGCUGAGGCAAGUGAAACGAGUUCAGAAAUAACGGAAUCGAAUGAUACACCACUAUUCCUUCGAACUAUUUCUUCGGACACCGAGGCCAGUGCAACUCCUCCGGUUUUAAGGAAACUGCAUCAUCAGGAAUCCAGCAAUAAUGCAGAAGCGGAACGUCUUACGAUGCACCGUUGUAUCGUCACAAGUAUUAUUGAAAGCGAGACCGUGUAUGUCGAAUGCCUAUAUGUUAUGGAAAAGUACAUGAAUGCAAUAAAGGCAACUCUAUCGACAUCUCAACCUGUAAUAACUGAAGAAGAAUUUGGUACUAUAUUUUACAAGAUAUCCGAAUUGCACGAACUUCAUAAGAGUUUUCUGGAAGGGCUUAAAUCGGCUGUUGCUAGCUGGGAAGAACCCUUGUGUGUUGGAGUUCAUUUUAAGAAAAUGGCUGAGAAUAUUAACGUAUACGGCGCCUUUCUUCAUAACUACGGGCGCGCUACGGAUGCGGUACGUCGUCGUUCCGCGAGUUCGCAGCGUUUUGCGGACUUAACACGACAGAUUGCGUGUCGUGGGCAGCCCAUGUCACUCGACGAUUUAUUGCACAAACCAGUCGCAAGGGUGCAGAAGAAUGCUCUUGUUUUGCAUGAUCUCAUAAAGUACACCCCGGCUAGUCACCCAGACCAUGCGAUGUUAACUGAAGCUUUAAAUAUGACGCAGCACUUUUUGGAUGAAUUUAAUAUUAUACAAACCAAAUCUAUGUUCCCUAAUGCUGAUCGCGCACAAAGAAGACUUGUAAAGAAUUCCUUUAUUGUAGAAUUGGUAGAUGGACACAGGAAGUUGCGUCAUCUAUUUUUAUUCAAUGAUGUUAUAGCAUGUGCUAAAUAUAAGGCCUCCGGUCGAGAUAAAUUCACGUUCGAGUUGAAAUGGUUCAUACCGCUACCGGAUAUAGUGGUCGUGGAAGAAGAUGGCAGUUCCGCGGAGAGGGAGACAUCGCCGGCUAACAUAGUGGCGCUCAAGUCGCAGGCCUGCACUGUACGAGACCAGAUAUUAGCCGAGGAACGGGCUUCCCAGGAUGACAAGAAAAUAAGGCUAGGCGGCCGUGGCGCAGCGGAGAAACAGCGUAAAAAGCUAGCAGAGUUGGAAGGCCAGUUGGUUCUGGCCAGUCCCAAUCUUAUAUUCCGCAUCGCUGCUCGUGCGCCUGGAUCUACCGCCCUACAGCGACAACAUGUCUUUUUCCUCAGUUCAGAGUAUGAAAGAACGCAGUGGAUUGACUCUAUACAUGCGCUACAGGCCUCAUCGGCGCCGCCCGCUGGUUCCAAUACGGUUUCCAUGUUGGAACUACAAAGUUGGGUGACGGCGUGUCGCAGUUACUUACAAACUGACAUGGGCUCGUACUUGUUACGCAGUGGACGGGACGACUCCUUACUUCUGGGUGAUUUACAGCUUCACAUUGGCGGAAUGACCGCUCCCCUCGACACUGCCGCUGACUACUAUAUCAUCGUAGAGGUGGAUUCUUAUGGGCAUUAUUUCCGCAAGGCUAAGUCAAAAUUGGUUUGUAGAAGUGCUCAACCGCGUUGGAACGAGAGCUUUACUAUUGACUUGGAGGGCUCUCAGAAUUUAAGACUGCUCUUAUAUGAAGAUGCCACUAGGCCAGUUCUUAGAGGAAAAUGUACGCUGAAGUUAUCGCGCGAAUGGGUGGCAGAAAGCGCUGCGGGUGGAGUCUCUAGAACAGUUUGCGUCGGAGGUGGGUCGUUGCCUCUUCGUUUGAAACUGUUGCCUCCGGAACGCUCUGCGCGGCAUGUGCCCAAUUCUAAGUCUGGCGCGCUUUUCGGUGCCAAAAUCACGCACGUGGCCAAACGUGAAAAGCGCAACAUUCCGUUCAUAAUAAGUGCGUGCAUACGCGAAGUCGAAAGGCGUGGCAUCCAUGAAGUGGGCAUUUAUCGAGUUUCCGGCAGUGCUUCAGACCUCAACCGGCUUAAGAAGAGCUUCGAAACUAACGCCUAUGAAGCAGAGCAGCUAUUGAAAGAAGUUGAUAUACACAGUGUGACCGGUGUACUUAAAUUGUACCUACGAGAACUGCCCGAAGCCUUAUUCACUGACGCUCUCUAUCCGGAGCUAUUGAAAGCUUGGGGUUCCACUCAGGGCGUAGGCACGUCAGUUGACUCGGGCCCCGCACACACGCGACGACACGCUCUUCUCAAAUGUUACGCGCAGCUUCCUGAUCUCAAUAAAAAUUGCAUUGAUUUUCUGCUCAACCAUUUUGUUAAAGUAAAUCAACACGAAACAGAGAACAAAAUGUCUUUACACAAUUUGGCAACGGUGUUUGGACCAACAUUACUUCGGCCAUCAAACAAUGCUCCUGGUGCUAAACAACGUACCGACCUGUUAGCCGCAGGAACCGUUGACGCUAUGGCCCAAGCCGGCAUACUCUAUUGUUUAUUACAGCAGAGACAAUUGGCCGCGCAAUUAUCUUCGCACCAUAGAGCUCCAACGCUUCUAGACUAACGCUUUGCUGCUAAAUCGCGGUAUUACCACGUGAGAUUGUGAGCCAAGAAAUGUUCUAGUUUUUCCCGCAACUGACUUUAUGGCAUAUUCAUAUUCCAACCAUAAUGUUCUAUCCAUUUUACUUUACAGUAUAGAUAAUUAAUUCAGAAUUCCUAAAAGUAUUUUUUUUUAUUCAAAUAUUUAUAGGAAUUUUAAAUCGUCAUAAUUAAAUAGAAAAAUAAAUGAUCCUAGAGGUAGCUUUGCGAGUCGCGCGUGGUUAAAAGCGAAGCGAUGUAAACAACGUUUUGGAUAAAAUAGCGAUUUUUUUGUUAUUUAAAUUUGAUAUUUUAAAGUGAUUAAGUACUUUUCUGUGCCCAGGGGGCCUUUGGCUGACAUGAAAAUUUUUAUUGUGUGUGUUUUGGUUUCCUCAGUGUGUGUUGUCUUUGUAAGUAAAGUAUACAUUCCAUUUAAAAUAUCACAGAAACGUGGACGAAAUCAAAUCAAAAAAUAAUAUUAUUAUUUAAAAAUUGGCAUUGUUCACAACAUGAACAAAUUGUGAUUUUAAUAUUGCUAUAUGAAAUGUGGAGAGACAUAAUUAAAUAAGUGAAAAAUAUUAUAUAUAAUGGCUAAUUAACCUUAGGCCAAAAUUGGUGCUAAAUAUUCAAGUGUAAUUUCGAAAUUUUAUAAUGCAAGGACAAUGCCAAUAAAUAAUAGAAUUCAGUGUAUGACAAGUUAUGAAGGGACCGAAUGAAAGUCACGGUUAGUGUUAACAAAAUAUAGACUGAUAAAUAAUUAAACUGUUGUGGAAGGAUGUUUUCCUGCAAAUAAAUGAAAAUUGCUUUAUAUACUUAGACAUUUAAUACAGAUAAUUUCAAAGUGCAGCAAUUUUCAGUGCUAGUCGUGCGUAUUUACUUUACUUUUUGUACCACUUCUAGUACUUUAUGUUUAGUUGUUAGUUUCUCAUAUGUAUUUUAAACUCAAUUCUCUUUGCUAAGUUAGUACUUAAAGACAACCAAAAAUGGAUUUUUGUAGAACAAAGUUUAUUUCAUUUGUAAUGAUUUUGUUAUUAUCUUAAAACUUAACAAUCUAUUUGUUGAAUAAUAUUAUAUAAUUAUAUUUAUGAUCACAUAGUGUUUAUAAGUUUUUUUUUACUUGUUCAAAGAACUUCAAAUGUGUUUUCUACUAUCACCAAAGACCUUAUUUACUGCAUCUUAAUUUACAUCAAUUCAUGUUGACAAUAUCCAGUAAUUACAGGUUUCUAAAAAAUAUGGUAACAAUAAUUGUUUAUGACAUCAAUAAGCCUGUGUACAUGUAGAAUAAUAUUUAAAUCACGCCAACCAACUGUUGUUCUGUCCUUAAAAUUGGCACUUUAUUAUUUGUUCCAGUCAAAAGUUAUUGUCAUGUUCAUACAAAAAUAUAUUUUUAAAACAUCACAUGAUUGCCAUAAAUUAUAUAAAACACCUUUCUUAUCUUAAUAUAAAAUGUAUACCACAAUGUAGAGGCCUACCUAGUUUUAAAAUAUCAUAAAUGCAAACUGUAGUAAUAAUCAUUGAUUUUUAGGAUAUGAAUGUACUUUCCUACCAUUCUAGCUUAAUCAAUGUCAACAUUAUUUUCUGACAGCUUUUACACGAAGUAAUACUAGGACUGUAGUAUUUCACUUUUAUAAGAUUUUGCAGUAUUUGUAUAAACAUCAUAAUGCACUGGACAUUAUAGAAAUAAAUAUGAAUAAGUAAAAAAUCAUUAUCCAUCAUAAACACAUAAUAUUGAAGGUGCCCAGUGUAUUAUGGUUGUUCCUUAACCUAUAUUUAAUAUAAUUUAUACAUUAAUAUUAUAACAACUUAUUUGGCAUAGAUAACAGAUUACAAAUUAGCAUUUUUAAAUGUUACAGUUCAGUGAAAUUUUCAUCUAAAAGCAUUUCAUCUAUUUCUUAGUCAUAUUUUGGAAUUCCAUGUGUAAGUUGUAACACCAAACAAAUAUUUUAAAUUCCUUACACACCAGUGAUAAAUAUAUUUGCCAAUAAAGCGGCCAAGUAUCUUUCAUAUUAUGUUACAAAGCAUUGUUUUCAGACCCAAUUACUUUCUCAUAAACAAUAAAAAAUUGUUAUUGAGAUAUGUAGGAUAUUAAUAAGAUAGUUUGUAUAAUUGGAUUUUGUAUUUAAUUUUUGUAUAUAAUUGAUACUAAAAUGUAGUUAUGAACCUUUCACAAUAAAUGUAUUUUUAAUACACCUUU